CUUCGGGUCGCAGUACGCGCAAAAACCCUAAUCCGAACGGGAAGGAGUUUUGCGAUUCCCCAUCGAUCAUCAAAGCGAAAAGCGUCGCUCGGGAAAAAGGCAACAAAACUUUUCUCUUCAAAAAAAAAAGAAAGAGAGAGAGUCCUAUCAACACUAUUAAAAAUGAGACUCUAAAAGAGAAAGAAAAAUCAUCAUCAAAGAGGUUGAAAAAUCAUAAUGGAUCAUUCAGAAAUAAGAAUCAUAUAGAAACAAGUUUUCCCCAGUUGAAAAUUUUGAAACACAACUUUGCAAACAAGAAGGAAAGACAAUGAGGCCAAGAAUCAUUCUAUUGUUGAGUUUUUUAGUGUUAUGUUCGUUGAUAAAUCGAUCAGAAUCGAAAUUACAGCAACAGUCAAUUGUCGAGGAGGAUGAGGAUGAGGAUGAAGAUGAUUGGGAGGAGGACGAGGAUGAGGACGAUGAUAUUUAUGCCUCUAAAACGGAAGUCGAUGACGAUGGUCGUAUUUACAAAAAUCCAAGAAAUUCACCAUCCGCCGAAUGUCCACGCGACGAGGAGCAAGCCGAAAUGCAGGGACAAAAAUGUUUAAGAAAAUGUUCAACCGACGAGGAUUGUAAGAGUAAAAAGAAGAAAUGUCGUUGCGAUGGAAUUUGUGGUAUGUCAUGCAUCAAACCAGACAGAGAAUGUCCAAAGUUAGAUGACAUAAAGCAUGGUGCAAUGAGAGUAACGGGUAAUAAUUUUGGUGAUAGGGCAUAUUAUACAUGUGAUGCUGAUUAUUAUUCGGUGGGUUUAUUGGAGAGGACUUGUAGGGCCGAUGGACGUUGGAGUGGCAGUAAGCCAUCGUGUAAAAAUGAUUCGAAAACAUUUUGCCUUGAACCGCCGAAAAUUAAAAAUACAAGGCACAAUGCAUUAAUUGAACAAACGUCCUUUGAUCUUGACAGUGCGGUGGAAUAUUUUUGCGAUCAUGGUUAUCAGACCACUGGUUUCCCUACAGCCAAGUGCCUCAUGAUGGAAGGAGCUGCAAGUUGGUUUGGACCUGAUAUUGCCUGCGAACCAAAAAGCUGUGGACCUCCUGCGGAUAUUGCUAACGGAUGGCAUGCUGGUGAAUGUUACACUUACGACUGUCGCGUUUCCUAUCACUGUGCCGACACUUACGAAUUGGUUGGCCGUGCCGAGAAAAUCUGUUUAGCUGACAGUAGUUGGUCACCUAAAGAAUCGCCCCAAUGUGUUCAGGUAACGCAGGUACAGUGUCCACCGCCAGAGAAUCCUCGUUAUGGAAAUGCUGUAUUCACAUCCGUCGGGUACAAUUCCGUAGUGUCUUAUGAGUGCAAGCAUGGCUAUACCAUAGUUGGAGUUGGGACGAGGCGAUGCGGCUCCGACAGAAGAUGGACAGGACAAACGCCAACGUGCAAGGAGAUCAACUGCGGAUCACCAGGAAUCCUUUACAACGGUUGGAUCGACAACAUCGAAGCAGGAACUGGAUUAGGUGCGAGCAUAAUAUUCCGUUGCAACGACCACAUGAAAUUCGAAGGCAACACAACAUCCGUUUGUCAGACCGAUGGUAAAUGGCGAAAUCCACUUCCACAAUGCUUGGCACCGUGUGUUGUGCCACAAAUUGAUAAUGGUCAAGUAAUAAGCACCAUUGAAGAUGGUAUAACUAAUAAUGAAACUGUAACUGUUGUUGACCAUGGUGUACAAUUAAUUGUUGGCUGCAUUGAUGAUUACGAAUUUGCCGCCAAUAACACUCCGGUUAUGUGCAAUAAUGGUACAUGGUCAAUUGUACCAUCAUGCUCGCCAGCACGAUGCAAGCAAAUGCCAAAAGCACCAAAAAAUGGCAUGGUCAUUGCUCCAAAGACUGAGCAUGGAAUGAAGGCGGUUUUCAAGUGUAAAGAUGGUUUCGAACUUGUUGGAGGUGGUCCAUUCAAUAUGUCAUAUUCGGUGGAGUGCAGCUAUGGAAAUUGGAUCGGAGAUAUUCCAUUUUGCGUCGAGGUUUAUUGUCCAUUCCCUGGAUUCGUCAAGAAUGGAAAGGUGCUUUUGGUUGGCAACAUGGGAGUCUAUGAUUAUAGACCCUACGUGAAGAAGGUGAUCAACAACAAGCAAAUAAUGUACGACUGUGACAAAGGUUAUUACCUGAGUGAAGGUCCACCGGGAGCGACAUGCAUAAGUGGCAACUGGAGUCCCCGUGAACUUCCCAUUUGCUCUCUGGGUCAACAUCCACGAAUUCGAUGGAACAGACGAAGAAGAUCAGUGCACGACGAGGGACGCAAUCAAACCGUUGUCACAGCAUAUCGAAAAUUUAUCGACUUCUUCAGAAAAGUUGGCAAAAAACUCCUCCACCUUGAAAUGAGAAAGAAUACAACAUCCUUGAGAAACACAACAGAACUUGAAUCAUCAAACACAACACUUCAAACAACAACAACCACAACAACAAUAAAAAAUCGAACAAAUCACAACAGUGGACGUUCACGUACAAGAGAUGAGAAAAUGGUAGAAUUUUUAAAAGCAAUUUAUCGCAAAUUACAGCGAAUCGAUACAAAACAUUCGGAUAAUCGUACAAAUGUAACAAUGCACGAUCUAUUGAAUGUUAUAAGUAAAAAUUUUUUCCACGUUGAUUUAUCACAACCAAGAAGAAAUUCAACAGGGAAAAGUCGCGAUAGUUUCGAGGUCAGAAAUCAACGGGAGUUUACCAAGUUAAAGAGGGAGUUUGAAAGAAUCGUGAAAUUCUAUAAUAAGACCCUAAGAUGGUAUGAGAAGCAAUCGAGAAAGGAAUCGAGAAAGAGAAAUCAAACCCGAGUUGAAAAGGGUAAGAAGAAAGAUAAGAAGAAGCACAAAGUGUCGAGCACGUACAAAGGCUUUUACGAGUUCAUUAACGACUACGUGAACGAGAAAUUGUCCAUGUUGGAAACUCAGAAUGCAACCGAGGAACUUAUCAAAAAAAUGAAAAUCGAUAAAAUGACUGUUCGCAAUGGCACUUCAUUUACAGUCGGUGAAAUUUAUACGUUCUUCAAACAUAUCAUAGAAAAUAAACUCAAUUCGUCAAAAUCAAGUGAUGAUAAUACGACUGAAUUAAUAUCCCCAGCAUUGUCAACGGAACAAAGUACAAUUUUAUCAAAUACCAGUGAUUCAUCAUACAGCAAUGAAAUACCAACAGUUGAAACUAAAAGUGAUUUUCCAAAGCAUCGAAGUCGUCGGAUAAGAAAUAUUUCCGAUUGGACAUAUUCAUUAAUGGCACCGGCAAUAAGAUCCGAUGGACCAAAGGGACUUUGGUGGCAAAAAAUACCGAGACGAAAUAAUAAUGAUGAUGAUGUUAAAAAUAAUAAUAAUAAUAAUAAUGAUAAUCGUGAGAAAAGACAACUUCCAUUAUCCGAGCUUGAUAAUCAAAUGAAAUCAAUAAAACUCUUAAUAAAUAAAGUCAACAAACGAAAUAAUUUAAAGCGUACAAUUUUAACGUCAGACAAUCUGAUGAGUACGCAUUACGUCUUUGGAAAAUCUAAUACCGGGACGAAAAAUAAAUGAUGUUAUUGUGAUAUUAUGGAAUUUAUUAUUAAUAAUCGAUACCAGCCAAUUUUAGGUAAUUAUACACAUUAUACGAUAGUUCAUCAGUUUUCCUCUCGUCCAUUAAAUUAACCUUAAUAUGUACACUUUUUGACGAAAAUAAAUCUUUUCCAUGCA